AUGAAGAACAAGACGAAUUUAGGUCUCUCCGUCUUCCUCUUCUUCUUCUGUCUCGCUACCGUGACAUCAGAUCUAGAAGCUGAUCGACGAGCAUUAAUCGCUCUCCGUGACGGCGUCCACGGCCGUCCUUUGCUCUGGAAUCUAACCGCACCACCGUGUACUUGGGGAGGAGUCCAAUGCAAUUCGGGUCGGGUCACAGCACUCCGGUUACCCGGUGUGGGUUUAUCCGGUCCGUUGCCAGUCGCAAUCGGAAACUUAACCCAGCUCGAAACGCUCUCUUUCCGAUUCAACGCCCUCACCGGUCCAAUCCCGCCGGAUUUCGCCAACCUAACUCUCCUCCGAUACUUGUACCUCCAGGGAAACGCAUUUUCCGGCGAGAUUCCUUCGUUUCUCUUCACUCUACCUAACGUGAUUCGGAUCAACCUCGCCCAGAACAAGUUCUCGGGUCGGAUCCCGGAUAAUGUCAAUUCGGCGACCCGGUUAGCUACUCUCUACCUGCAGGAUAAUCAGCUCACCGGCCCGAUCCCGGAGAUCAAGAUUCCGCUUCAGCAAUUCAACGUCUCUUCGAAUCAGUUAAACGGGUCGAUUCCGGAUCCGUUGUCGGGUAUGCCCAAAGCCGUUUUCGAAGGCAACUCGCUCUGUGGUAAGCCGUUAGACGCUUGCCCCGUCACCGGAAACGGCACCGAGUCAACCGGAAAAGGCAAAAGCGACAAGUUAUCCGCCGGAGCCAUCGCCGGAAUAGUGAUCGCCUGUUUCUUCGGGCUUCUCUUGCUCUUGUUGCUCUUGUUCUGCUGCUGCAGAAAGAAGAAGAAAGACCAAAAUGUGCAAUCGAGAAACAUCGAAGCAGGUCCAAUCCCGACCUCAUCAGCCGCCGUAGCAAAAGAAUCGGAGGCCCCACAUACGGUGGCUAACGGCGCGCCGCCACCGCCAUCUGAAAACGGCGGAUCGAAGAACCCUGCAGUGAGUAAAGAUCUGACCUUUUUCGUGAAAUCAUUCGGAAACUUCGAUCUCGACGGACUGUUGAAGGCUUCAGCGGAAGUUCUUGGUAAAGGAACAUUCGGAUCGUCGUAUAAAGCGAGUUUCGAACACGGACUAGUGGUGGCUGUGAAACGACUGAGAGAUGUGGUGGUGCCUGAGAAAGAGUUUAGAGAGAAAUUGCAAGUUCUUGGAUCAAUCAGCCAUGUCAAUCUUGUCACAUUGAUUGCUUAUUACUUCAGCCGUGACGAAAAGCUCGUUGUUUUCGAGUACAUGUCUAGAGGAAGUUUGUCUGCGCUUUUACACGGGAACAAAGGAAGUGGAAGAAGUCCAUUGAAUUGGGAGACGAGAGCUGGUAUAGCGUUAGGAGCUGCGAGAGCGAUUAGUUAUCUUCAUUCGCGCGACGCAACAACAUCUCAUGGCAACAUUAAAUCUUCUAACGUUCUAUUGUCAGAGACUUAUGAGGCUAAGGUCUCUGACUACUGUCUUGCUCCUAUGAUCAGCCCUACAUCUACACCUAACCGUAUUGAUGGUUACCGUGCUCCUGAAGUAACCGAUGCUCGCAAAAUCUCACAAAAGGCUGAUGUUUAUAGCUUUGGUGUUCUCUUGCUUGAAUUACUCACAGGGAAAUCUCCAACGCAUCAGCAGUUACAUGAAGAAGGAGUGGAUUUACCGAGAUGGGUUGCGUCGGUAACGGAACAGCAAUCACCAUCGGAUGUGUUUGAUCCAGAGCUCACAAGAUAUCAAACGGAAGGUAAUGAGAACAUGAUAAGGCUUUUGAAGAUCGGUAUAAGUUGUACGGCACAGUAUCCAGAUAGUCGUCCUACGAUGCCUGAAGUCACGAGGCUCAUUGAGGAGGUUUCUCCUUCAGCUGGCUCACCAGGUCCUUUGUCUGAUUGA